UCAUGCUGCUGCCAGGUCCAGAGUCUCUCAUGGGUCCCUGUACGGCCUCCCAUUGCUGCUGUCUCCAUCGCCACACUCUGCCAUGUGCCACUUUCAGGUCUCCUCACACUGCUGGUGUGUUCCAUUUUUUUCAUCAUAGGGUGCUGGCAGAUUACGGGCCUCCCAUAGCUGCUGCCAGGCCCCUAAUCUGCCAUGGGCCCCCUAUACCGCCUCCUCCUCAUGCUGCUGCCAAGUCCAGAGUCUCUCAUGGGUCCCUGUACGGCCUCCCAUUGCUGCUGUCUCCAUCGCCACACUCUGCCAUGUGCCACUUUCAGGUCUCCUCACACUGCUGGUGUGUUCCAUUUUUU